CGAAUCAUGUUGCUCCAUAUUGUGUAGCGUAACACAAUGGCGCUGACCAUAGAGCACAAAAUGUUGUCUUUCUAACUCCUGAUUUAUUCACUUUUCCACAUUUUCAGAAAGGUUCCUGACACAUUAAAACAUCGAGGAGCUGCAUUUAGUUGAAUUUUUUGCCAGGAUCAUGUCUGGGUCAAAUGUUUGGAAUCGCACCCGGGAGAAAUUAAGACGUUUUCCCGAAGUGUUUGCACAAUGUUCGGAAGAGGCAACUGCUUAUGGCAAAUGUGUGGCAGCUACUACAACAAGCAAACAAGAACUGAGGAAGGAUCUUUGUGCUAAAGAAUUUGCAGCAUUGAGAACAUGCUUUGCAAAUGCGGCCAAGAAAACUGUGAAAUGAAUGGGGAGAAACAAACAAACAUGGGAAGUCAAGAUGUUAAAUGAACAAUGCUGCAAGAUCACAACUUUGACUGUGAAUGAACUUUACAUGUAGCCUUUAUUAACAUGAAAUUGCACAUAGAAAACAAUGUCAAUAGAAACGUAGUAAGAAAAUACAUCUGUACAAAGACAAAGCAUGUGCUGACAAAAUGAUCUGCAUCACAUUCUGAUUACACAGACUUUGUUUAUAUCUAAGUAUUACAAUUCCACAGCAAGAAAAAAAAAUGCUGCAAUGUGCGAUAUUACCUGAAAGCUCCAGCAUUAUGUUGAAUUGAGACACAUAAAGACAAAAAAACCAACAAAA